AUGCGACCAGUCGGACUUCUCUUGCUUCUUGCAUUGCUCGGAGGAUCGACUGUGGUCUUCAACUUGCGGGGUCAAACUUCGGUGGCACAGUUUCAUCAAAUAUACAAUGAAAUUCAACACAAUUUGCCUACUAUGGAUCGAUUACGGACACUUGUCAAUAAUGAAGAAAUAGACAACCCGAUUCCCAUAUGCUUCCUUGUUUCCAUCUAUGGCAAAUGGGCUGGUACAGUCGACAAAGUUUUUCCAGUCGAGAAGCUCCCAUUUUACGAGUCACCCUAUUACAAUUUCUUUGGAUUCACGAAUCUACCGCGCUGGGAACGGCCAGGAUGGACCAGAAUAGUUAGGAAUUUCCCUGAAUUCCGACGAUUUAUUACACAAUCCAGAUGGCCCAAGUUUCAAGGAUGGAAAGACGAACAGAUUCAAGCCAACUGUAGCGUCGUCUUUUACAUGGAUUCCAUCACAGAAAUAACUGGGAGCUCCAAGCAGUUUCAAAAGCUGGCAAGACAAGUCGUCGAGUCAGACGUCGGGUUUGCGCAGUACCAACAUCCUGGUGGCGGUGGGGCGUUUGCCGAGUUUAGGCGAAUUGCGAAGGUUGGCAAAGACCGAUUGUCCAAUAUCGAAGCGUCCAAAGAAUGGCUUAGAAAUCGAUCCGAUUUCUCGCCCAACUGUACGCUUUACGAAAAUCGGUAUAUUGCCUACUCUGUCAAUUCGACAAACUUUCGAAAGGCAACAGAUUUCUUUUGGGAUCGGUAUUCCAAAGAAGUUGAUUCCUGGAGAGAUCAGCCCUUGUGGUGCUACGUUUUAGAACAUUUCAAUCUUACUCCAGUGCCACUUGAGCACAGAAAGCUCUUCCGUAUGACACAUAGACGGAUGGGUAAAAAUAAGCACAAGUAUGGUGCAGAUUCCGAAUAUGGCGUCGAAGAUAGAAUGAAAAGUAUAAAGAACCAGCUAAAGAGGAAGAAAAAGCAGCAAAAGAGUUGA